UUCUCCAGCAAUCAGAAGGCUCCCCCUCACAUCAGUGGCACGCUUCAUGGAGAUAUGCGCCUCUCACUGCCCUCUGCACCAGCAACAUGGAUUGUCACCUCUCCAUCCUCCUCCUGCUCGGCUACUCGCUUUUCAGCUGCUGCGGGGAACUGAGUCUGCAGCCUUCCAAUGAAGUCAAUCUCUUGGAUUCAAAAACAAUUCAAGGGGAACUGGGCUGGAUCUCCUACCCAGCACAUGGGUGGGAAGAGAUAAGUGGUGUUGAUGAACAUUACACACCUAUCAGGACUUACCAGGUAUGCAAUGUCAUGGAUCACAGUCAAAAUAACUGGCUGAGGACAAACUGGGUCCCCAGGAACUCAGCCCAGAAGAUCUAUGUAGAGCUCAAGUUCACUCUGCGGGACUGCAAUAGUAUUCCAUUGGUCUUGGGGACAUGCAAAGAGACUUUCAACUUGUACUACAUGGAGUCUGACGAUGAUCAUGGAGUCAAGUUCCGAGAGCACCAGUUUACAAAGAUUGACACCAUUGCAGCUGAUGAAAGCUUCACUCAGAUGGACCUUGGGGAUCGUAUUCUUAAACUCAACACUGAGAUUAGAGAAGUAGGUCCUGUCAACAAAAAAGGAUUUUAUUUGGCUUUUCAAGAUGUUGGUGCUUGUGUUGCUUUGGUUUCUGUGAGGGUGUACUUCAAAAAGUGCCCCUUUACAGUGAAGAAUUUGGCCAUGUUUCCUGACACAGUGCCCAUGGACUCCCAGUCCCUGGUGGAGGUUAGAGGUUCCUGUGUCAACAAUUCUAAGGAGGAAGAUCCUCCCAGGAUGUACUGCAGUACAGAAGGUGAAUGGCUCGUACCCAUUGGCAAGUGCUCCUGUGAUGCUGGUUAUGAAGAGAGAGGUUUUGUGUGCCAAGCUUGUCGGCCGGGCUUCUACAAGGCUGCGGAUGGUAACAUGAAAUGCGCUAAAUGCCCGCCUCACAGCUCUACUAACGAAGAAGGUUCAAUGAACUGCAGGUGUGAGAAUAAUUACUUCCGCGCAGACAAAGACCCUCCAUCCAUGGCUUGUACCCGACCUCCAUCUGCACCAAGGAAUGUUAUCUCUAAUAUAAAUGAGACCUCGGUUAUCCUGGACUGGAGCUGGCCCCUAGACACAGGAGGCCGGAAAGACAUUACCUUCAACAUCCUAUGUAAAAAGUGUGGGUGGAAUGUGCAACAGUGUGAGCCCUGCAGCCCCAACGUUCGCUUCCUCCCCCGACAGUUUGGACUCACCAACACCACAGUGACAGUGACAGACCUCCUGGCACACACGAACUACACCUUUGAGAUUGAUGCAAUUAACGGGGUGUCGGAGCUGAGCUCCGCACCACGACAGUUUGCUGCAGUCAGCAUCACAACUAAUCAGGCUGCUCCAUCACCUGUCAUGACAAUUAAGAAAGAUCGGACGUCCAGAAACAGCAUCUCUUUAUCCUGGCAAGAACCUGAACAUCCUAAUGGGAUCAUUUUGGACUAUGAGGUCAAAUAUUAUGAGAAGCAGGAACAAGAAACAAGUUAUACCAUUUUGAGGGCAAGAGGCACGAAUGUUACCAUCAGUAGCCUCAAGCCUGAUACUACAUAUGUAUUCCAAAUCCGAGCCCGAACAGCAGCUGGAUAUGGAUCCAACAGCCGCAAGUUUGAGUUUGAAACUAGUCCUGACUCUUUCUCCAUCUCUGGGGAAAAUAGCCAAGUGGUGAUGAUCGCUAUUUCGGCAGCAGUAGCAAUUAUUCUCCUCACUGUCGUCAUUUAUGUUUUGAUUGGGAGGUUCUGUGGCUAUAACAAGUCCAAACAUGGUGCCGAUGAAAAAAGACUUCACUUUGGGAAUGGACAUUUGAAACUUCCAGGUCUCAGGACUUAUGUUGACCCACAUACAUAUGAAGACCCAACGCAAGCUGUUCAUGAGUUUGCUAAAGAAUUGGAUGCCACUAACAUAUCCAUUGACAAAGUAGUUGGAGCAGGUGAGUUCGGAGAGGUAUGCAGUGGACGUUUAAAGCUGCCUUCGAAAAAAGAGAUUUCAGUGGCCAUCAAGACCCUGAAAGUGGGCUAUACAGAAAAGCAAAGGAGAGACUUUCUGGGAGAAGCCAGCAUUAUGGGACAGUUUGACCAUCCUAAUAUCAUUCGACUAGAAGGAGUUGUUACUAAAAGUAAGCCAGUUAUGAUUGUCACAGAAUACAUGGAGAAUGGUUCCUUGGACAGCUUCUUACGUAAACACGAUGCUCAAUUUACGGUCAUCCAGCUUGUGGGGAUGCUUCGAGGGAUAGCCUCUGGUAUGAAAUAUCUGUCAGAUAUGGGCUAUGUUCACCGGGACCUUGCUGCCCGUAACAUUUUGAUCAACAGUAAUCUGGUGUGUAAAGUUUCUGAUUUUGGACUUUCACGAGUUCUAGAGGAUGAUCCAGAAGCCGCUUACACAACAAGAGGGGGGAAAAUCCCAAUUCGUUGGACGUCACCAGAAGCAAUAGCUUACCGCAAGUUUACAUCAGCGAGUGAUGUAUGGAGUUAUGGGAUUGUUCUCUGGGAGGUAAUGUCUUACGGAGAGAGACCAUACUGGGAGAUGUCCAAUCAGGAUGUGAUUAAAGCUGUGGAUGAGGGCUACCGCCUGCCACCUCCUAUGGACUGCCCUGCUGCCUUGUAUCAGCUGAUGCUGGACUGCUGGCAGAAAGACAGGAACAACAGACCUAAGUUUGAGCAGAUUGUCAGCAUUCUGGACAAGCUGAUUCGGAAUCCCAGCAGUCUGAAGAUCAUCACAAGCGCAGCAGCAAGGCCAUCAAACCUUCUUCUGGACCAAAGCAAUGUUGACAUCACUACCUUCCGCACAACAGGUGACUGGAUUAAUGGUGUCCGGACAGCACACUGUAAGGAAAUCUUCACAGGCGUGGAAUACAGUUCUUGCGACACCAUAGCCAAGAUUUCCACAGAUGAUAUGAAAAAGAUUGGUGUCACUGUGGUUGGGCCACAGAAGAUCAUCAGUAGCAUUCAAGCCCUAGAAACGCAGUCCAAGAGCGGUCCAGUUCCAGUAUAAAGUUCUCCUUCUGAAGACUGUGGUUGCUGGGGAAGCCUGGGCCUCCUUCUGCCAGCAGCUGCUGAUGACGGAGAUAAAAAUGGAAGUUUCAAAUUGAAUAAGACACUCAGACAAGAGUACCAAUGCCUUAACACGGAAUUGAAAAACUCUCUAUUUUCCCCUGUUAUUUAGUGGAUGGGUGGGGGGGGUGAAUUUUGUUUUGUAAUUGCUUUUUUAAUGUUAGUUGAUGGAUUAAAUUAAAAUUCUUCAGUUCAAAAUUGUGAAGAACAAGUAUAGAGCCAUUUAUCAUAAACUGACUACCAUAAAAGCAAAAUGGUGAAAGGACAGAACGGACACGGUGGCUUCGUUUAUGAAUAGCCACAAAAAGAAAAGACGUGAUAUUUUUAUACACAGACGAAAUCUGUAACAGGUAUUUUGUUUCUUUAAAAGCAAGCAAAAUAGAGGAAUUUAUACCUCAAACUAUCUGGCCAUAUUUACUACCUUAUCAUUGUAUUAUUCUCUUUUAUCUGUUUAAAGUAUAUAGAAAUGAAGUUUGUAGUUGUUUUGAGUACUACACUCUCUUAAUUGUUAGGCUUCUUAAAUGUAUCAUGUAAAAAUGUGUCUUAAUUUUUGAGAAAAGUACAUAUUUAUUUUCUUUUGAAUCAUUUUCUAUUGUUUGAUAUUUAUGCCUUGAUGAUUUCAUUUGGAUUUGUUACAGCCAAGUGCCAAAUGCUUUCUCAAAAUGUCAGUAAUAGGAAAUAUGUCUUGCUAGACAUGAAGAAUGAUAAAUUUCCACAUUUUUGAUCAGUUCACUUCUAUGUAUUUAAAAUACUGAAAUACUUUCCCUGUUCAUAUAGUAACCAAAUCUUUUACAGUAUGAAUUAUCCCAUUUGCUUUUGUCUUUCCAUUUAUCAUAGCUAUAUUCCUAAGUUAGUGUAAUAUAUUGGCUUGUAUGUAAUGGAUUUUUAACCAGACAACAUACUUUUCUGCUCUGAUGAUCAGAGGCCAUGAAUUCCCUUUAUUUGUAAAGGAACCAUUCUAGAAUUCAUGAAAAUUACUACACUGGAAAUAUUUGAAGUACUAUUUAGAUUGUUGCAUUGGUUGACAGCAUAACAAAUACAUGAGUCAAAAAAUCACUUCCUGGCUUUAAAAAGUUUUCAUCUGUAUUACUGGAGUUUAGGACAGUUAAUUAAAUAUUGCAAUAAAUAUCAGGCAUAAUUAUCUUUAAUAGUCUUCCACUUCAAUGCACGUAUUGUAAUUUUGGUGUAUAACUCGGAAGGUUCUAAUUUCUUUUAUUUAUUGGACAUAUUUUUGAAAUAGAUGGUCACUUAGUAGAUUUCUUAAAAUCUGUAAGCAGUGAAGAAUUGUGUCACUGCAGGAAUUCAGACUUGCUGUUACAUAAAGGCCAACUAAGAGCAUGUACAUUGAUAUUUGAAAGGAUGUGUCUGGUAGAGAUCUAGCUACUAAUAAUUCUGAAGCAACAUUUUAGACCUACAUAUAAUCUUCCUAAUGCUGAUAUGAUGAUGUGAUGGAUAUAAGAAAUGUAUAUGUCAGAGGAAUUGAAUGGUUAAAACAAUGCUGCAACAUUUAUCCUUGUAUGCAAAAUGAGACAAGUAAUACAGCUUGUAAUCAUAGAUCAAAAUUCACAAGGUCCAAUCUGUUAUAGGCUUAAUAUAACAAAGAUAGGAUUAUGUUUUUGUUGAUAUUAGCCUGUUUCCAAAAUUUCAGCAAUAUUCUUUAUAAUCAACUCAUGCUUCUAGAAUUUUAUAUUGGAUAUAUAAGAGCAUGAACUUUUUUAAAAAAGUUAAUAAAACUUUUCUUUUAAGUCCUGCUAGAAGCAGCUGAACCUAACUCCUCUAAUCAAGUAUUUUGUGUUUUGGAAUAUUAGAUUGAGAUUUGAAUCUGGCUUCAGUUUCAUAUUUUCCCAUACUAGCAUUUUAUUUCUUGGAAAUUGUUCUGAGUCUACACAAAAACAUCUGUGCAUUUCAUAAACUAGUAGAACUGAAGAUCAUUGAAUUCAUUGCACUUAUAUUGGCUGUAGGUUUUGUUUGAAAGUAGAGGUUGUAUACACAGUAUAUAGCUCUUCAUUUUUCAGUAUUUUUCUACUUGAUCUCUUAAAACUUUACAUAAUUCUUAUCCUGUACAUAUGUAAACAUAACAGUGUACGAUUCCUGAUUGUUGAGUAGAGGUACUAGAAUGCUUGUGGCCAUCACUUUGUAUAUGAACUGCAGUGACUUUCAGUUACCAUGAAACUACAACUCCUUCACAACGUUAUGUAUCACAUUACCUGUUUUGUAUCUUAAAUUUGAUUUAUACAUAUUAUUUAUUUCUGGUUACAUACCCAUUUUAUGCUGUACUAUCUGUUAAGCCAUGUAUAAAUGUGAUAUGAUUGGCAAUAUCUUUACCAUGAAGAUGUCUUUUCAAAAUAUCACUCAUUUAGUUUAUACUGUGCAAUGUGAAUGGCCUCUUACUAAUGUAAAAUGAUUUGUAGUGGAAACAUUUAUAUUUUUAUAAUAAACAUAAUGAAAAUAUUUUUACAGAUUGGAA